AUGCCCAGGAAUUUAUUUACAUUCCUUUUCGGAGCUACGCUCUUAGUCGUCCUAAUAAUAAUGGCUGAAGCUCAGCCCGGCCCAGAAGUCCAAGGCUGGUGGCCCACAAGGCGACCAACUAGACCCACACGACCGACUAGACCACCAACACGUCCGACUAGACCCCCAACACGACCGACUAGACCAACACGGCCGACUAGACCACCAACACGACCGACCAGACCACCAACUCGACCGACUAGACCAACUCGGUGGACACCACCCACUUGGAGAACACUACCGACUAGGCCAACCUGGAGACCGACUAGACCAACCUGGAGACCUACUCGAGGUCCUAGACCAGCAAGAGCAGCAACAAGAACUGCCGCACCUCCUGCAUGCCCACGUAAGCCUGUUAGGUGUACCACCACUGGUCCGUCAUUAUGUGUGCGCAGCCGAAAUGGAAAACUUUGUCGUCGCGUAGCUAACCAGUGCGCCUUACGUAACCUCAACUGUCAAUCAAAGCCCCGUAACAAUUGGAUCGUUUCUAAUCUGAAGGGAUGUUGCAAGCUUAAGGUGGGCCAACGUCCGGUUAACUGCAGGGACCUAUAA